CGUUGGAUGGAAUAUGGCGGCUGUUCUCAUUCCUCUAGCACAUUUAAAAAGUUGGGAAAAGGGAAAAGUAGCGAUAUUAAAACUUUGCCAAACAUUCGUAGCGGAUGAAACAGCAGAGACACAUGGAUCAGACGUGGAAUCGAAUUUUACCCAAGUAUUUUACGAGCUUAUAUCAUAUGUGGUUCAUGGUCAGAUUGGACAUGAUGAAGUCGUUGCACUGCUGACUGAAAUUGUGAAUGAUCAAGACAAAAGAUCAAUACUGGUUGAUGUCAUUAACAUCAUGGAUGUCGAUGUCCAGUUUACUGAAAAACUAAAGCAAGAUCGCUUCACAACAUUUGUUUCUUCUUUGGUGAAUACAUCUGUUGUUUCUGAAGACCUUCUUAAAGAGCGAAUCGAUGUGGAAUCCUUGGAUUCACUUGGAUUGAUCCAAUCAGCGAAAGGCUUCAACACAAAAUUUGUGAAAAUCAAAACUAAACUUUUUUACAAACAACAGAAGUUUAAUCUACUGAGGGAAGAGUCUGAAGGAUACAGUAAAUUAAUUACUGAAUUGGGACAGGAAAUGGACACUGCAAAUCAUGCAGCUUUUCUGGAAAACAUCAAGUCAUUAAUUGGGCGAUUCAACCUGGAUCCGAACCGGGUACUUGAUAUUAUGUUAGAUGCUUUUGAAUUUCAUUUGGAGGAAGAAGACUUCUUUAUAACUCUUUUAAAAGAAUAUUCAUCGAAUUAUGAUAAAUCUACAGUGUGCCAUAUUUUAGGAUUUAAAUACCAGUUUUAUAAGGAUCAACCAGAUGUUCGUCCACCACAUGCUCUGUUGUAUCUCACUGCUUUACUUAUUAAGCAUGACUUACUAGAGUUAGAUAGCAUCUAUUUACAUCUUAGUCCCAGUGAUGGUGAAAUAUACGAGGACAAUACGCAAGAAUUGCUUGAUGCAAAACAAGAAGCCAAGAAAUUGAAUGCUGCUAUCCUUACCUCCGACACAACAAAUAAUGAUGAAAAUAAAGAAAAUGACAAGGAAAUUAAAGUAGAGCAUAGAACAUUUAAUCAGAAGUUUGGUUUAUGCCACACGCUACUGCUGGUGGGUGCCUGGCCUCAGGCUAAAGAUGCAAUGGACAAAUUGCCAAAAUUUGCAGCCGUGAGUGAGGAGCCUGUUGUAGUGGCCAUGUGUAAACUUAUACAUAUCCUUAUAGAGCCGAUUUACAGACAAUGUUCAUCUAAGGCGGCUCGUGGUCGACCUUAUCCUUGCAAACUAACAAAGGGACCCUCACAGUGUAAAGUAUUUAGCGAUCUCACAGACUGCGUGUUUCCAUUACUUUUUCAUCUUGGACCGAACUUGUCUUUUGAUCCUAUUUUAAUGGCGAAGGUUAUAAGAGUUGGUCGAGCAUUUUUAAAAGAAAAUCCCAACGUUGUUCUUGGGCAAGAUAGGGAUACCAAACUGCUGGCGGUUUGGAAUAGUCUUACCGAGCUCGUUGAUCAAGUGUUAUUUCCCUCUCUGUCAUUAUUGGAAUGUAAUCCAAGUAUUGCUGAAGAAGUCUGGAUUUUACUCAAAGCAUUUCCAUAUAACAUUAGGUAUUGUCUUUACGGACGGUGGAAAAACCAAUCCUACAAUAUGCAUCCAAGACUUAUUGAAGUUAAAGCGAAGACGAUAAAAAAAGCAAAAUAUAUCGCUAAGCGUUUAUCAAAAGAGAAUGUGAAACAAUCCGGAAGACAGAUUGGAAAAUUAAGCCACAGCAAUCCCGGUGUUCUUUUUGAAUAUAUUCUUAGUCAAAUCCAAAAGUACGACAAUUUUAUCGGACCUGUUGUUGAUUCUCUUAAAUAUUUAACUCCAAUGUCAUAUGACGUCUUGGCUUACUGUAUCAUUGAAGCAUUGGCAAAUCCUGAAAAGGAGAGACUAAAACUGGACGAUACGAAUAUUUCAGAAUGGCUUAAAAGUCUCGCCAUUUUUUGUGGAACGGUUUUUAAAAAGUAUAGCAUCGAACUAACUGGUCUUCUUCAAUACGUGGCUAACCAACUGAAAGCUGGCAAAAGUUCGGAUUUACUUGUUUUGAGAGAGGUUGUGCAGAAAAUGUCAGGGAUUGAGAUUUCGGAAGAGGUCACCAUGGAUCAGAUUGAAGCUUUGUCGGGAGGAGAAAUGCUCCGUGCCGAGGGCGGUUGGUUUGGGCAGAUACGAAACACAAAGAAAUCCUCCCAAAGGUUACGAGACACUCUAAUGGAUGGCGACUUAGCGUUUCCUCUUUGUAUAUUAAUGGCACAGCAGCGAAAUUCCGUCAUCUUCUUUGAUGAAUCUUCAAACAGACACUUGAAACUGGUUGGCAAACUCUAUGACCAGUGUCAUGACACGAUGGUUCAGUUUGGUGGAUUUUUAGCAAAUCAAUUAAAUAGCGAAGAUUAUGAUAACAAUUUACCGCCAUUAGAAGACCUUGUGAAGAACUUUUAUCUCUCUCAAGAUGCUGCUUUCUUUUUAGCAAGACCAAUGUUUGCUAACAAGAUACAGGCAACAUUUGAAGAGACUCAAAAGAAUGAAAAAUCCAGGAGUUUAUCACAAAAACAAAUUUUUAAAUUAUAUAUAAGUGCUGUGAAUUCAGUGUUGGAACCAGUCACAGGAAAUGUCAUAGACCUCCAUCCUUUAAGAGUUUGGAAUAAUAUCAGUCCUCAUUUGUACGUUGCUUUCUGGUCUCUCACUAUGUACGACCUUCAUGUUCCUGUCGAGCGUUACGAAGCAGAGAAAAACAAAAUGAAUGAUCUCCUAAAUAAUCUGGAUGAAAACAAAGAACUGAAUUCUGCAAGCAAAAAGAAAAAAGAAAAAGAUCGAUGUUUAGGUGCUAUUGAUAAACUUAAAGAGGAACAAAAAGAGCAAGAACAACAUACACAAAGAAUAAAAGAAUGGUUGAAACAUGAACAAGAUAAUUGGAUACCUUCAAAGUCAUCAAAGAACGAGUCAGUUACUCAACUUUUGCAGCUGUGUAUCUUUCCAAGAUGUGUUUUUACUGCCAGUGACGCUAUUUUUUGCGCUAAAUUUGUACACAUGCUUCAUAAUUUGAAGACGCCGAAUUUUUCAACAUUGUUGUGUUUUGAUCGGGUCUUCUCUGAUAUAUCUUACACUGUGACCACGCUGACUGAAAGCGAGGCUAGCAGAUAUGGCCGCUUCCUGUCAUCAAUGCUGGAAAUUGUUGUACGUUGGCACAAGGAUAAAAAGACUUAUGAAAAGGAAUGUGGAGGCUACCCAGGAUUUGUGACGGUUUUAAGAACAACGAAUACUGAUAAAGCAGAACAUUUGGAUUACGAAAACUUUCGCCAUGUUUGUCAUAAAUGGCAGUAUAAACUAACAAAGGCUCUAGUCGUUUGUUUGGAAUCAAAAGAUUACACUCAAAUUAGGAACACAAUAAUGGUCUUAAUCAAGAUUCUUCCUCAUUAUCCGAAAGUUUCUAACCUUGGUCUGGCCUUGGAGAGAAGAGUAGAAAGAAUUUGUGAAGAAGAGAAAGACAAGAGGAAAGACCUUUAUGCUUUGGCAAUCGGAUAUGCAGGAAAGUUAAGAACACAUAAAUCAGAAAUGAUUCCUGAAGGAAUGUUCCAUAAGAAAGCCCCAGAUGCUAAAGACAAGGCAAAUGCAAAUGCUACGCCGAAUGCACCUCAAAACGCGUCGAAUGCUAAUUCUCAACCAGAUAUUAAACAGGAAGUGGAUGGGAAUGGGGGAGAUUCUCAAGAGAAACAUGAAAAACAAGUUAACCAUGACGGCAAGACCAAAACAAGCGACACAGCCGAAGUUAACGAUGUCGAAGAGAGCAAGUCAACAAUUAAACAAUCUUCUUCACAAAGUAUCGCAACAGAAAAAACUUCAUCCAACUCAGUGAAAAAAACAUCUUCGAGUAAUGGUGUUAAGGUGUCUACAAGUUUAACAACUAAAAAAUCUUCAUCAAAUGUUGCGUCAAAUGACGUCAGUGUAAAGCCAAAGACCGAAUCAAGCAAAUCCAUGUCGGCCUCUAACAAAUCCAAAGAACUGAAAGAAACUGAUCGCGAAAAACAAGCUGGGAAAGAGAGUGAUAAAGCGAGGAACUACGAUAAGGCAGAGAAAUCAAAGCGACCGUCACCGAACGACUCUCCCCGAGAUGACUACGAUAAAGAAACCAAGAGGCGGAAAAUGGAGAAAAGUGAUGGUCGUAACUCCUCACCAUCUUCCAAGGAAAGUACACCAGUGGAUGGAUCUUUAUCGAAGAGUCGUGAAGAACGAUCGAAAAGUAAAGAAAAAGACAGAGAUAAAGAGAAAAGUCACAAGUCUGAUCGCAAGAGAACGUCUGAUGUUGUUGAAAUCAAGGAGGUUAAAAAACGGAAAGAAGAUGACGAUGCAAGUCCAAUGAGAAAGUCAGUUCAGUUGGUAGAUGAAAAACCGAAAGAGAAAGAGAAACAAGAGGAAAAAACAAAAACAACAAUUAUUAAGUUGUCUCGAAAGACGGAAGAAGAUGGAGUGAAGAAAGAGAAGGAAAGGGAUAAAAAUAAAGAAAAAGAAAAGGAUAAACACAAAGAUAAAACAAAGGUGAAUUGAAGUGAUCAGUCAUAGCAGAAGCGCGAAAGUAUUCUCGAAUUUCCACACCGUACUAGUACUAGUAUAAAGAUUGUAUUCGAUAGCUCAAUACCUUCUGCUUUGUAUGACUGGCCAGAUUGAAGUUACGUAUACUUAGGUGAAAGAUAAAGACAAGGAGAAAGAAAAAGAUAAGGACAAAGAUAAAGAAAAGGAAAAAAAGAAAA